AUGAGCACCAGUAUGAACACCAGCAAGGAGCAUUCCACCGACACGGCUUCAACGCUGCUGCAGGCCUCGCAGCCUCCACUUGAUACUCAAGAACACAAACCCAAGGCGCAGGCUGCUGAGUCUGGCAGCGAUCUCCUCAUCCCUGAUAAGAACAUCGAGCCACGUCAGCAGCGGACCCCGUCUCUAACACCAGAACCAGCGUCAAGACCCAGCGAAGAGCAAAGCAAUAUCUCAACGAGCACAGCGCCGCCGCCGCUGCAGGCUCUGCAGCCUCCACUUGACACGCACAAUGACCAACUCAGGGCGCGCGGUGCUGAGUCUGACAGUCCUCUUUUCGUCACUGAUAGUGAGACAAAGCCACGCCAGCAGCUAGCCACGUCUCAGGCGCCCGAACCAUCGUCAGGACCCAGCAAGUCGGAUGAGACCAUUAGCCAACCUGUAGCACCGAUGACUCAAGCAUCGCAGGCUUCUCAUAAGAGUGCUAACUUGAAAGUUGAUGACAGCAUAAAAAGAAAGCGCAUGAAAAAGGCCGAGCGCAGGCGCAAGCUGGCCGCAAGGACCUCGGACGACCUUGACGAUGGAGAGGCAAUGGAAGUUGAUGUGGAUCUCCCACCAGUCCCCGAGUCCAGCGAGCAUCGGGAACAUUAUAGAAGCAUGCAUACCCAGGCUUAUGGAUAUGUCCUUGCAUUCAAACAUGGAAAGCCGACGCUGCACGAGAAUGAGCCACAGACAUCUCUCAGCCCUGGGGUUGACUCGUCCCAGCUCAAGAUUGCAAAACCAGAUUCGAGAUCGAUCGAAGAUAGAUUCCUUAGGUUGGAACAGAAGAUACAAGAGCAGGAUUCAAUACUUGAGCGGAUCAUGAACGAGGACACUCUGUGCAAGAAACAUGGAAAGCUGACGCCGCACGAGAUUCAGCCACAGACAUCUCCCAGCCCGGAGAGUGAAUCUUCUACCAGUUCUCAACUAUCAAAGGCCCUGGCCGGUAAUGGGGUUGACUCGUCCCAGCUCAAGAUUGCAAAAUCAGAUUCGAAAUCGAUCGAAGAUAGAUACAUCACGUUACCGAUAAGUCACUUUGAUCAAUUCUUAGAAACCUGA